AUGGAGUCAAAUCCAUUUGGUAAACGCCAAGAAUGUGGACAAAGGCUCUUCCUGUUCUGGAGUAAAUUCAAAUGGAUGCUUGCCAACCUUGCUUCACCAGAGUGGGCACUAGGAAAGGCUUGGAGCGAUCGACGCUCAGUGGCUCUGCUCGAAGGCCGGUUUGAAAAGUACCAGAGGGAAGAUGGGGUCCCAUGGAGCCGCUCCCAUAUUUACUACGCGAAUAUGGGUGGAUUCUCUAUUCGGUUCGAUAAGUCAUUGAGCAAGUCAGAGUUUCAUCCGCUAUACGUGCGUGCGACACUCAGUGGUGAUUUCCAAAAAACCCUAGAAUCAGUGCAAAAGAUCUCCAAAAAAAUAGGAGCGGUCAACUGGGAACUCGACUUCGACAAUACUCGAACCGCAAUAGAGGCAAAUACCAUGGCCUAUCAAGAACAUUCAUCCGAUGAAAUGGAUGAAGAAAAGAUGCAUCAUGGCCGAGGGAACUGGUUUGAUCUGUUUGAUAACAUCCAUUACCUUUGUGGGAAUCUCUGGGUGCUGGAUGCAAACCAGCUUCUCCUUGCACGUGAGCUUGGAAUUAUCGAAAGACUGCCUUCACUAUCUCAGGCUUCUCUGGGUGAUCGAAACAAGGGCGAUUUAAUUCUCACCAUUCUGGCAUUAGUCAAUAUAUCAUGGAUGCUCAUCCAGCUCAUUAUACGCCUGGCUCAAGAUCGCCCCUCGAGUCAACUAGAGAUAUUCACUGUGUCCUUUGCAAUCUGCUCGGUAAUUACAUACAUCCUGCUGAUUGAUAAACCAAAGGACGUUCAGACGUCAUAUACUAUCAAAGCCUCUAAACGCCCAUCUCCGUCAAACUUGUUCAACAUUGCAAAAAGUGGCCCGUCAACUGUUGGGCUCAAGCGUACCAACAUAUGGAUCCCCAACAAUACCAUUCACCUAGAUUCACAGAGGCAACAUCCAUUAUUCACGAUGUACCUAGGAUCGACGGUUGCAUUGAUUGUAUUUGGGGCCACCCAUUGCAUUGCAUGGGAAUUUAGAUUUCCUACGGAGGCAGAGAAGCUAUGUUGGCACAUCAGUACAGUUAUAACAGCUGGUGCUUUCCCACUAAUAUGGGCUUUGGAUCUAGCCGCGGAAAAAGUCAUCAAGUUGGCUAAAGAGGCGUCCGAGACGUCCGAUGCUAAAGAACAUAGGCUAUCAAAAAUGGCAUCUCUGCCCUACGGAGCCGCAUGGUCGAUUGGAGUAGUGUUUUUGCUAGCGAGGCUAUUUAUAACGGUCGAGGCUUUUCGCUCGUUGGCGUUUCUUCCACCAGACGCUUUUUUGAGUACUUAG